GGAGAAGGAGGAGGAGGAGGAGGGGGGCAAAGGGCGGAGAGCGAGAAAAACAGAAGAAUCGAAGAAGGGCAGCGGGAGUGUAAGGGACGUUAAAGAAGACGGUGGGAGGGGGGGCUGAGGUGGAAUCGUAGCUUUGGGCGGUGAGAAGGCACCGAGUGCGGGUAACGGACGUGAGCCUGUGUGGUGGACACGGGGGGAGCGACAAUGAUGGAGCAUCACCAGGCCUGCAGCCGCUACCAAGUGCUGCAUAAUGAGGACGAUUCUCCACGAACACCUGAUGUAUUACAGCCAAACCUUCCCGCUGAGUCUCCUCAAACAUCAACUGAAACUGACGUAGCUCCACCGCCUUACAGCAGUGUCACAAUGGGAGCAACUGCAGCCACAGAAUCAGAUCUCCAGAGUGACCUUAUGCCAGUGCCACCCCCUUACAGUGUUGCCACCUCCCUGCCAACAUAUGAUGAAGCAGAAAAAGCCAAAGCUGCUGCAAUGGCAGCUGGAGCAGCAGAAUCUGGACAAAGAUUUAGGGAGCCUAGGAAUCUGUUUGAUGAAAUUCUACAAGGUACACCUCAGGAGGAAGAUUUUCCACCAAGAGAUGACUUCAAUGAUGCUGACCAACUGAGAGUAGGCAAUGAUGGCAUCUUCAUGCUAGCAUUUUUCAUGGCAUUCCUGUUUAAUUGGAUUGGCUUUUGUCUGUCGUUCUGCCUCACCAACACCAUAGCAGGCCGUUAUGGUGCAAUUUGUGGGUUUGGAUUGUCUCUGAUAAAAUGGAUUCUGAUUGUUCGGUUUUCUGAUUAUUUCAAUGGCUAUUUCAAUGGUCAGUAUUGGCUUUGGUGGAUAUUCCUUGUUCUUGGACUGCUGCUGUUUUUCAGAGGUUUUAUCAACUACCUGAAAAUCAGAAAUAUGUCUGAGAACAUGGCUGCGACACACCGGACCAGACUUUUCUUCUUGUACUAGAGAAUGUGGCUAACGAGCAACUCGAACAUUCCUUCCUAAUGUGAAAUGUCCAGAUGUUGUGCUUCAAGCUGCCAAGUUAUUUGGAUGUAAAACUACUGAAGAAUAAAUAAUUUAAGGUGUUACCAAAAAUUCUAAGCAAAAUACUGAAUUUUGAGAAGCUUCAUAAAAUGAGACAAGUUUCUGAGUUGCUGGAUGGCUGGAACUUUCCCUUUCAAAUUUUAAAUACAGAGUGAUCCUUUUCAAUGUAAAAGGGUUCUAAUCUGCAAAUUGCUGCAGAAGAAACGCAGUGGAGCCAUUCUUGUAACCUUAAUCAUUGACCAAACAUUGACGCUGAAAUAAGUUUGUAACUGGAUAUCCAAAGUGCUUUACCUUCCCACCUAACCAAACCAUAAACAGUUGAUAAAUUUGAUUUCAAGCUAACUGAUCUAUUCCUUGAACUAUUUAAAACGAUUGAACUUUAAAAGCAGCCUUUUUGUCUUCUGAUAAAGUGGUAAUAUUUGAUGAACAAAUAUGUAGUUUACUGGAAUUAGGGUUAGAGUGCUAUUAUGAGUAUCUUCAUAUGCCUUUUUAAAAAAAAAAAUCAGAAUAAGUAGUUGUUCCACUUAUUUCUCUGGUUUUCAGCUUUUGAAGUUGCUUUGCUGGUUUAUUAUCAGUCUUCACUUCUACAGUGACUAUUGCAUGACAUGAAAUGCUUUGUUAACACAACUAUUUUCUUAUUGGCUUAAACAUUGCAUCAGAUUGCUAGAGAAAUAUAACUGGAAUUUAAUUUUAACAUAGAGGUUGUAAAUUGUUACUUUUUACACCCUAUUAUAAAAAUGCUUUAUUUGGCUGUUUAUUUCCUUUGUUCUUUUAAAGUAAUUUAGCAAUUCAAAUGACGGAAUUUAAAAGGAUUGUUCAUUUCAUUUUGUGCUGAUUUUACAGAAAAUACAUUAUUUGUAAGCUAGUUCAACAGAAACGAAAUAAUAAAGAAAAUCAAGAUCCUAUUUGAGAAUAUUUGAAGUCAGUGAUGGUGACUUCAGUCAUGACUUUGCAAAAGAUGUAUAAAAACAAAAUCCUGCACUUGUAAAAGUUUGAGGAUAAAGAAUAAAAGCUGAUUUAGUACUA